AUAAUUUUUGAAAUUGAUAAUUCAAAAAAAAUGAGUGGGAAAAAAAGUGAAUCGAGUGAAUCGAAAAAAAUGAAAAAAAUUGACAAAACACCUUCGGUAGUUUCUCAUAGAGAAUACUUAGAUAUGGAUACUGAUGAAGAAGAAUUCGGUCAUCAAGAAACUCCUGAGCCAGAUGAAGAACUUCCUCCUGAGCCCGAAAAACCAGCAUUUACCGAGGAACAAUUACAAAUACUUCUCCAGUAUGUUAAAAAUUUAACAGCGAAACCACACGGAGAAAUAAUUUUUUCACAAAAAAAUGUUGAUAUUAUUUACGAAUACUUUUGUAAUCCGUCCCACACAAUAUUAACAAUUUUUUAUACUGAUUUUGAAUGGAAAGUAUUUUUAAAUUUCCCUCCAUAUCCGAAAAAUGGACUGACUUAUUUUCUCCGAUCCCCGUGGCAAGUUUAUACUCCCGAUAAUUUUAUGUCUACAGUAAAAUUUGGGAGUUUAAAUUAUUUUGAAAAUUCAUUGCUUAAAUUUUUUCAAAAUAUUUAUGCUCCAGUUGCAUUCGCUCACGAUCGAUGGCCGAUAGUUAAAAGAGAUGAAAUUUUUUCAAACAUAAAUAAAUUAAUAAGUCACCUAAAUGACGCAACGUAUUAUCCAAUGGGUCUGACUAUUCUUUAUGUACCUCGCGAAAAAAUAUUUUGCAGUGAAAAAAAAAUGAUAAAUUAUACUCAUGGGUAUAAAGAAGACACGAAAGAAAAUAAUAAUAAUUUAUUAGAAUCAAAUAUGAGGGAACAAGAUAAGAGUGGAUUAAUCGAACGACUUGAACGAGUUGCUCGUUAUUGGGUAAAACAAAUCAGACAAGUAUUGCGCGGCUCUAAUAUUCCAACAACAUCAGCUUGCAGAUCUAUCAUUGAUGAAAUUAAUUUCUGGAACUACAGAUAUGAUAUUGAUGAUUAUACGACUAAAAUACUGUAUUUAAUACGAUUCGUUGCUAUUAAUUCUAAAUUCUACAAUAGCCCGUAUGUUCAAAAAAAAAUUGUUAUUUAUUUUCUUCUCCUUAAAUUGAAAAUACGAUUUGAAAAUUAUUUAAAUUUAAGUACUACACUGACAGACAAAAAUAUUAAUGUUUACUACAUAUUUUUCUUGAAAUUUGAAUUGAACAAUAGUUUGAAACGUCUUCAGAUCACUGAUAAAAUUGAAAUACUUUGCCGUGCAUUGGGCACACAAAUAAUAAAUCAAUGUAAAAAAUAUAUAAGUCUUGAUAUUAUACUUGAUGAAGAUCCAUUAAGUGGCAAACAAAUGCUUCAACACUCAGUUUAUUCUUGUCAACGUUUUAAAGAAAUUUUUGAUCAGUUAAUAAUAAUGGACAGACAUUGUAAUUCAUCAACACUAUGUAAUAUUAAUAAAAAUAAUAUUUUUAAUCACAUUGAUACAUUUAUUCAACGAUGUCAAGAUCUCAUUGAAGUUACAAACACAAGAAUUAUUUUCGAUAAAUGUGAAGAUAUAAAAGUAAUUGGUGGAGCAAAAGCAACAGAACACGAAUUGAAAUAUAAAAAAAUAGAAAAAUUAUUUAGCAAAACUCUUGAGGAAAUAAAAAAAAAACCUGAGUGUAUUUUAGAUGUCACCGAGUUCACGUGGUUGGAAAAAAUAAAACUCUUUCGUAAUAAAGUAGAAGAUAUAGACAAUAUGAUGAAGAAUUUGAUCCACGAUAUAUUCGAAAAUGUAUCGACGAUCGAAGAAGCUCUGGAAGCUUUGUAUGCAAUAAAGCGUUUUAUGAUACGGAAAAAUUUGCAAGAAACACUCGAUAAUUACUGGACAAAUAUUUGGAAAAAAUUUAAUGAUGAGCUAGAAUUAAUUAUCACUGAUAUCGACGACGAAAUUUUACUUCACGAUCGCUCGAUGACUUCGUAUGCCGGCGCCGCGACUUUAUUGCACUUAAAAAAUAAUUAUCUGAGCACACAAUUUAAUAUGCUGAUAAAUGCUUCUGAUUGGUUUGAUGAUAAUAUUGCGCAAGAGUAAAUUUACUAUUUUAUUUUUAAAUCGUAAUUUAUAAACAAUUAAUGCGUUAUAUAUUUUAGAGUAAUUAUUGAUAAAUAUAAACGUAUUCAAAGUACAUUAUUGGAUAAAAUAAAUUCGAUUAAUAUGAAAUGGGAGCAACAAUUAUUGAGCGAUUCAAUUAUUAAAGAAAUGCUUAACAAUCCAAUUAUUAAAUAUUCUGACUAUCCAAAUAAUAAAUUAAUGGAAGUUAAUUUAAAUUUUACUUGUUUAGAAAAUAUCAAGUCGGUUAUUGAGUGGAAAAGUAUGAAGUACGAAACUAAAAAAAUAUCACCGAAGUUACUACAAAAAUGGAAUUUAUUUAUGAUACGUUACAUAAAAGUUGAUUAUUUAUGUAAGUAUUACAAUAAUAUAAUCGCGAAAAGGAAUAAAGAAGAAUUGAUGUUAUUUAAAUUGUUAAUUGAUGAAAUUAAAAUAAUUGUAACAACUGGAGUUUCUAAAAAUACAUGGACGAGUGAAUCUAUUGAUAAAUUUUACGACGAAUGUUUCAAUAAUAUUUAUCAACUGAGAAGAGUUAUAGGAGAUUAUAAAUUGUCAUUU